UAGGGUGUAUAAAUUCGUAGAGUGAUGUGACAUUUGUUAAUAUUUUUCGUACGGAUAUCGAGGGAUAAAGCAGAGAGGAAAGAGAAAAAAUAUUGUGGACUGUGCUGGUCAGACAGUGUCGAGUAGUGGCCCAAUGGGUUGGCUGAAAGUAAAAAAAGGAAAAUUAAUGAAAAUAAUGCACAAAAAUGCAAUAAUACGCGGCUGCUGAAUUUUCGAGCUUGCUGAGCUUGCGCUGCAAAAUCAUACGGUAUAUAGUUAGAAAUAAAAAGUGAAAAUUUUGAAGUGAAAUGAUCAAACUGGUGUGACGUGGGGAAGUGAUUUUCUUUGUUCCUCCGGUGAAAACGUGAUAAUAUCAUCCAUCAGAAUAAAACGACAAAACAAAGAGCUAAUACGUUCAACAGCCACAAUUAGUGAAACAACGAAAUGUCUUUCACGAUAAAAGACGGUUAUGUUUUCCAACGGACAGCGGUCUAACGACAAUGGCGGCAAUGUCCCCGUCAAAGCGCCGCUUACAAAAGGAGCUGAUGGCUCUGGUGCGUGAGCCACCGCCAGGAGUUCAGGUUGACAGUGAAUUGGCUGGUCAAAAUUUAACCCAGUGGAUUGUUCACAUGGAAGGUGCAAAAGGAACACUUUACGAGGGUGAAAGAUUUCAAUUGCAGUUUAAAUUCAGUUCGAAAUACCCAUUCGAUUCGCCAGAGGUGACUUUCAUCGGCGGUAACAUUCCCGUUCAUCCUCACGUUUAUAGCAACGGUCACAUAUGCUUAUCGAUCCUUACGGAUGAUUGGUCACCGGCACUUAGCGUUCAGAGCGUUUGUCUCAGUAUCGUUUCUAUGCUGAGCAGUUGCAAAGAAAAAAAAAGGCCACCGGAUAAUUCGUUUUAUGUGAAAACCUGCAACAAAAAUCCAAAGAAAACAAAAUGGUGGUAUCACGAUGAUAGCGUUUAAUAGCAACGUUGAAUGAGAACGAGCGUGAGUUACUCACAGCCUAUUCGAGAUGAGGAAAAGAAACAUUCGUACGAAGAUGUUGGGAGAACAUGGCCUUCCCUUGCAUCGCAGCUAUUCGACAAAUACAAGAAAGGGGAGCGAACGAUCCAAGUUGUUGGAGUAGAAAACAAAAAAUAAGCAUAAUUAAAUAGGUAACGAAUUUAAAGGAAAGCCACCAAAAUCUAAUGUAACUGAACCAGAGAACGGCAGCCCGAGAAUGAAAAUAACACGUCUUACCGGGACGAAAUUGAAAUAACAAGAAUGAAAAAGAGGGUCAAAUUAAUUGCAAAACUAAUAAGUAAAUACAAAAAAAAUGGAACUUGUGCGAUUAAUGAAAUAAUUUCAACUGAUUAUAUCGAGUCGAAAUGAAUUUUAUGCAUGAUAAAAAUGCGUACCUCUUAUUGGAUAAAAGGUUAGAAUUUAAGCAGAAGGAGACACGAGAACGAGAUAAAAAACAUUGUAAUAAAAAAAAAACAAAACAAAGAAUGGUCUACAAAUAUAUAUUGAAAUGAAAAUAUUUACUGAAGGAGAUAUGAGAAUUUGGCGUUUGAAUUAUUAGCGUAGUAAAUCCGUAACUUGGCCGAGAUUAUUCUGGAUUUUACGCACGAAAAAAGUUUAGAUCUGUAAUUGUUGAAAGUGCGAUUGCUGUUCGAGAAAGAACUCUAUUGACAUAGCGAUAUAGCACAAUGUCCGUAAGAAAACAACAAAAUGCAAAAUGUUUCAUUUCUGAUCGUUUUAUCAAUGUUUUCAUUCAGUCGUUCUGUGUUUGCGAUGGUGGAGUGAAUAAAAAGUGAAAUUAUUUUAACCACA